CUCAUGCCCCUCUCUCAUGCCCCCGCAAAACGCAGCAUCGCCUGCAGGAAAUGCCGCCAGGCAAAGGUCCGCUGCGACGCGUCGACCCCCUGCCCGCGAUGUGUCCGGUUAGAUCUCUCGUGCCACCGUGAUAAGGGAUACCGACCUCGAAAGUGAGUUGAAGAGGCUUGAUGACUACCUGGCCGGUGCCCACUACGCGGUUCUGGACAGAGCCCUCGUCUGUUGUCAUUGGCGCGGUGCUUUUCGCCUGCUACAGUUUAGGCAUUAACCUGCCUGUCGUCGGGAGUACCCAUGAACCCCAUACUACCUCUCAUGCCUCGCUGUGGGCCGCCGUCACGAUUACUGCACAGAACAUGGCCGAGAAUUUUGGUCGCCCGCCCGCAGUGAACCUGACCACCGACAAGGCCGUACAGAAGCUGUGUCGUGGGGAGAUCCCGUUACCAGAUGGCCUGGCCGAGCGUCUGUGUCUCGCUCAGGCUGCAAAUCGCAUCUCCCACGUCAUGGCAGAGCACGCCGAUGACCGAGGCGUGCCCGGGGAAGCGUGUAUUGUCGAGAUUGAGCCUCUCGGAAAGUUAUUACCUCAAGUGUCCUCCUCCUCGGUGAAUUCGAUCUGGCUGGCUGCCGCCCACCUCCACCUCGACGCGCUCCUGCACGCCCAUCGCCUGGCAGUUGAUCUAAUCCGUUCGCUGACCUCGUCCCAAACAUGGUCCGACAUGCUGGCGUACUGCCCGGCGUAUUUCCUGCGCGCGACCUUGUUCACCACCGCCGCGUUUCUGAACAAAGUAGCGCACUCGUCCAUGGUGGCUGCCGGGCAGAUCGACUACGAGUCCACCAAGCUGUCAUUCCAGAUGGCCGUGUUUGCGUUACGGCGCUGCGUGGUGCUCGACGUCGAUGCCGCUGCUCGGGAGGCUAACCUGCUGGACCAGGUGUGCGCGCACUGCGCGGCGAACGAGCAGAUGCGAAACUCUCCACCGACAUGUCUUCUAUACCAGGACUCGCAUGGCGACAGGAUUAGUGUAUGA